AGAAUGAGACUUUUCACACAAUACGCCGCAUGGUAGAUAAGGGGCUUAAGGAUUGCAUCUCCGAAUCAUCAUGGCAACCAUCAGAGGAAGAUCUCAACGCUUUCACUUCCGCGUGCCGCGGAUUGCCCGUUAUAGCUUCGCUGCGCAUACGUGAGGUCUGCGUUCGGACUGAACAGGGUACCAGAGCUCGAAUACUUCCGGGAUCUCAUCGAUGCGCCGACUGAUCUCAAUUCGGAGUACCUGCGAAUACUCCGGCGAGCCUACUUUCCUGACUCACUGUCCAUUCGUCCAAGUGUCAUUGAAAAUUACCGCCUUGUGGUGGGGAUGAUCGCUUUGGCGCGAGAACCAUUGAGUUUGUACUCAAUUGCAAAGCUUUUACAAAUUACGGAGGAAGAGGUCUAUGCGACUCUGAGACCAAUCAGUUCGAUCAUAGAUCUUCCCUCAACAGGACAAGGGCGGCCCAAAUUUUAUCGUGCGACGGCAAAGGAGCUUAUUGCGGGACAAGCAAUUGGUGACGCAGGAGAUGAGGAGAGGUGGAAGGAAUUCCUGGGUCGGGAGUUACCGGAACAUGUCCAAUAUGCUGUCAAGUACUUGUUCAGCCACUUGAAUACUUCAAAGCUGCUCUUGCAAGACUCCAACGAACUGCAGCAGGCAUUUGAUCGCUUCCUUACCCAGAACCUCCUUAUCUUCAUUGCGCUCUCGGACGGUAAAUUCGCAUUGCCGGAUGAAUUACUUCGAUCCAACAAUCAUAAUUCAACCGAACUCUUAAGAGAAGCCAAGAGAGCGAAUGAAUACGUCAAUAAUCGAUAUCGAGGGAACGCUCUCAAGCCUGAGGUUCUCACGACAUUUUAUCCUUGGCACAUUUUUCGAUCAAUGCUUCCCUUUACUUCGAACUCAUCCCCACUCUUCAAACUAUAUCAUCAUCUCUCAGAUCCUGUUCAGAUUUUCAGCAUUUCCGGAGAGUUCACUGGUCAUUUGAUUCCGUUGAGCGAGCAUGCACUCAGUGCUCGGAUGGUUAUGGAGACAAAGCUAGGGAGGUUACCAAAGGAGAUUGAUAGGGAGGGUCUGGAGGUAAUCCACUAUGAAGCUGAAUACCGUGAUCGUGAUAUUCGUAGUGGCACAGUGACUUCCGCAGCAAUCUCAAAAGAUGGCCGUCAGGUUGCACUCGGUUUUGGAAAUGGCGACAUUGAGGUUGUGGACAUUGAUCGGCAGCACACACUCACUCGAUUCCAAUGUGACUCGCGCAGUCCCCCAGUGUGGAUUGUUAUCCCUAAUAGCCAUGGGAUUGCUACCGAAGAUGAUGAGGGUAACGUAUUUACCUUUGACCACAGUCUGCAACCCGCUAGUCAGAUUAUCAACCACUAUGAUUAUUGGAAUAAACAACUUGUGAAGUUUGGUACCCUCCCCUCUGGGCAUCGUCCCCCUGUCACUGCUGUAGCGGAUGACGCGUCAUUUAUCGUACGGCUCCCACGACAUCUUGGUCCCAACUGGCCAGAAAGAGUGGUGAUCCUGUACCUCUCGGGGGAGCCAUCCAUUCACGUUCUUUCCUCUCCCAGUUCCAUGCCUACCGCUGUUCCAACUCGUCCCCCACCAAUUCCUGUUGGUCUCACAGUGGAGCUAUCCCCUGGAGGGCGAUACGUUGUUGCUUGCGAUGCAAACCGUGCUUUCAUUUGGUCAACAAAGUCGCGCGAGUUCAUUGCUAGUCAUCACCUACCAGAUUCCGAGACUUUUACCUCUCAUGCCAUUCCCUCCCGCACAUACAUCAUCAGUGGGGCCAGGCGGCCCCCCACUCUCAGCUCGGAGCAUGGCAUUGAUAAUAUAGGGGACUUCAGGGUGGAGCGCGACUUGGAUAAAUUGUGGCUGGAGUCGCAGCCUCACACGCACUCAUUGGAGGUACUGGCGCGGCGUCAGGCUUACUCUCUGAAUAGAGCGCGGAUCGGCACCCCUAACCCGGAAUUAUGGCUCAACAACACGUUGAAACUCAUUCUCCCAAUUGAAUAUCACCCAAUCAUUCUUAAUAAUGAUUACCCCCGCGAGUGGUAUGGGGAUCGAGUGAUAGGGGAUGAGGAUUUCAUCUACUUUCCGCAUGCUAGCAAGGACGGGACGCGGUUUUUGGUUCAGGGUCGUAUGAGAGCCCCGAUCGUUGUUGACAUCAGCCAAAUUGUGUAGCAUGUCCAUGAGCUUUUUCUUUGUACUGCCGCCGUGGUCUGCGUUGUGGUUGUCUCAGGAACUGCAGUUUUCACGAAGCUGAGACAUGUACACCACUCCAUGAGGAUAGAUAGCCUCCAUAAAUAGCAGCGAGAAUAACUGACUAGCGGAUUGCAUCAAUCAUCAGAGGAAAUCGCUAUGUUUACUUUUGUGUUAUCAUCUAGUAUGGCAUGUCCUUGAAGCUCAGCAGCGCUAGCCCGUUGAGUGUUACUGCAAUUAUUGACGAUGACAAUCACUCCUAUUAGAGCAGUAGAGCAAGUGUGCUACCGA